AUCAGGCAGUUUCGACAAAGGAAUUCUUUACUCAUCAAAUGAAAAUCCAGUUGCAGUCAAGGUACUCAACCUCCAAAGAUACGGUGCAUCUAAAAGCUUCAUGGCUAAAUGCCACACCUUGAGAGAUACCCGGCAUAGAAACCUGGUGAAAGUCAUAACUGCAUGAUCCAGCAUUGACUUCAAAGGAAAUGACUUUAAGGCCAUAAUGUAUCAGUUCAUGGAAAAUGGAAGCUUGGAGGAGUGGUUACAUCAAGAAUCAGAAGGACAAGUACAAUGCAAUAGCUUAAACAUUCUUCAGAGAUUAAAUAUUGCAAUAAACGUGGCUUCUGCAUUAUAUUAUCUUCAUCAUCAAUGUGAAAUCCUUGUGGUUCACUCUGAUCUCAAACCAAGUAAUAUUCUUCUCGACGACGACAUGAUAGCACAUGUAAGUGAUUUUGGAUUGGCCAGGCUCAUCCCUAGUUUUUCUGGGGAAGCCAACCUUAACCUAUUCAGCUCACUCGGAAUACAGGGAACUAUUGGAUACACCCCACCAGAGUAUGGCAUGGGUGCUGAGGUCGCCGAAACAGGAGAUUUGUAUAGUUAUGGGAUCCUGUUUCUGGAAUUUUCACUGGAAAAAGGCCCGCAGACAAACUAUUUCAAGACAAUGUGACUCUGCACCUUUUCGUCAGACUGGCAUUACCAGAUCAAAUAAUGGAUAUUGUUGAUGGAUCUGCUCUCUGUGGAGAAACGACAAGAGAGGAUGCAGACAAGAAUAUUAGUGAACAGAUCAAGUGUUUGGUUCUAUUUUCCAACUUGGGCUAGCAUGUUCAGCAGAAACACCACAAGAGAGAAUUAACAUGGAGCAGGUUUACAGGGAAUUGAUAAUAAUCAGGGACAGGUUUCUUAAGAAACAGGAACACACUGGUAAGGAGUCCCUACAGACAGCUCAGAGAAAAGCUUGAUUGAGUUGUUAGUUACCAAUUGUCUUUCGUAUGGUCUAUCUCAGAUAUCAACUUACACUUUAUUUAAGACAUAAGGCAGUAAUAUCUUUUUUCUCCCAGAUGAUAGAAUAUAUCAGAACGCCCAAGUUCAUCCCAAUUUAUUAUGUCUUCAAUCACCAACUGCUACUCCACAUUACUUGCUCAUAAAAACAUGAUAUGAAGCCGUAUAGAUUAGAUGGUUAACACAGCAGAUAAGAAAGAUAUCAUUACCGAGUCAAAAAAACUCUUAAAAAAUCAUAUGGCAUCACAAAAGAGGAGCUCUGAAUUUGGGCAUCAUCUAAAACAGUUACUUCAUAACUAUUAUUUCAUUUGUUUAUAGCGUGGAACCAAAGCUCAAUCGUUGGAGGUCAAAUAUGA